AUGGCAGAUCCGCUCUCCACUGCAGGCAGCAUUACCGGCAUCGUUUCGCUGGGAUUGAUUGUCUGCCAGGGCCUCAUAUCGUACUACAGUCGUUGGGCAUCCCAGCACGAAGAAGUCAACCAUAUCAUCCGCAAAUUACAAGAUUUUCAAAACAUACUGAAGGUGCUACAAGGCCCGCUAGAAAGGCUGCCGGCCGAGCACAACAGCGCUCGCAUGCAAGUCGAGAAUUCUGCACGGUCCUGCACCGAUAGUAUCCAAGAAUUAAAAGGGUUCCUUGAGAAAUGCAAGUCAAUAACGACGCCCUCAACUCUUCGGGAAAAAUUUCGUGACCUGAGAAGAAAAGGUUUCUUUCCGUUUCGAAAAGAAUCUCUUGAUCAGCUAAGGGACUGCUUGGACGAUGUAUAUCGCAAUCUCAUUCUUGCAUUCCAAGUUCUGCAGAUAGAUAUUUUGACUGUUAUUAUGGCAGCAUCCUCCUCCGUGCAAUCUUCUCACGAUGCGCGCAUUACAGCCUUGAGUACACAGCUUGGAGCUUUGAUGCAAAAGCCUAGCCUAUUUCGAACGGCGUGUGACGGAGCGUCACAACUACGUCUGAUAGACGACCAAGUCAACUCAGUCUCAGUAAGACCUACAGUUCCGACCCGCUUCCCAGCUAGGAGGCACAUAUAUCGGCUGCAAUGCAAAUGCUCUUCAUUGAGAAACAAAAGAGAAGUCUACUAUCGACCCACUCAGAAUAUGCGCAUGCGCCUCGGAGCAUCCUCCCAUAGUCGCAACUGUCCUCUUUUCUGGACCGCUAGGGAUAGAAAUAUUCUUGAUCUGAGACUUGUGUUCUAUAGCAUGGUUCUAUCCAAAACAGUGCAGGCGGCAUUCUCAUUAACGCGAGGUGCUGGUGGUUGCUCAAUCAGUCCUAAAUUGAUAUUCCGUGCCACUGUUUCUAAGGAUUCUGGUGCUUUCUCUGUGCUCCGGAAUAUGGGUCCCAAGGUUUCGCCGGCCGAUACGGACAAGGUAUUAAGGGAAAUCACGACCUUAUUUAUGCAGGGGCGAGCAUCGCCUACUGAUCUUGAUACUAAUGGGCAAAACUUAUUGCAUUCACUGUGCUUUCCACCGUCCACUGCUCCGGAUCCUGAGAAUUUUGUGUUGGAAGCCUAUGUAAAGCUAUUCGAAGGCCUCUUGAACUUAGGCGUACCUCUAGACGAUCUCGCUUAUGGCUAUCUCACGCCUUUAGAUAUAUUCAUGGGCGGACUGGGGCAAAAAUCAGGCAGCUACAUGGUCGAAUUGGCGCGUACCUUCCAGGAACUUGGAGCAGAAUUUUCCCACAAUCAUCUUCAAGGUCCCAUCUUUCAUGGAUUUUCGGAGUACGCCAAAUACUGCCAAGAGCUCGAUCAAUUCGCUGAAGUUCUUCGGCUACAACCUCUCAGCAGUGCCGUGUUGCAAAGAUCAGAAGACAAAGUGAGAGAAAUUUUGACUGCCGAUCCAUCCAGUGUUCUUGAAUGGACUACCGGAGGUUUCAACGUACUUCAUCUUUCGGCCGACUGGCCCGCCGGUCUUUCUCUUAUCCUGCAAUGCGACAAUGGUAAGGCACUCGUCAAUAUCGCAGAUCAACAAGGAAAACUUCCGAUCUACCGUGCGUGUGAAGCUGGAUGCGUUGCAGCCAUGAAGAUCCUUCUAUCAGCUGGUAGUGCAAUCAUCGACCCGGCAGCCAUGGCGUUAAACCAGUCGCUGGACUUUCCUACUGCUGAUGCCUUAGCCAAACUACCCGAGAACACCAUUCGCGAUGUUGUUAUUCCUGCAUUUGUAAAUGGAAGAAAGCGACUUCAGAACUUGGCGUCAACAUCGUUACCAAAAGAGAUCUACGAUGAUCUGCAAAUACCCAAGGAUCGUGUGCUGGACCAGCAAGCGUUCGCAACCAUCCAAGCCUUAACAAAUUAUGGUGUUAGAGUGCCACCGGCGCUUGCGUGGGUACCGUGUACAGUAUAUCACCUCCGGCCUCUUACACUGCAGCUUUGUGAUGAUCUGUAUGAAGCUGGAUUCCGAGAUGUCGACGGUUUGGACUCACUUGACAGGACGCCUUUGCUUUUACUCGAUGAACUCGAAGAGCUAGUUGAGGAGUUCGAGGCCGCGUACGAGCGACUAGGGCAACCGCUCUCGGAGUUCAUGGAUGGGUACUGGAAGAUUAGGAUGGCUAAAGUGCUCGACAGAUCCAGGCCGGUGACUGAGGAAGAUAUCCAGCGGAUCAAGGAAUUGGGCGUCGUUAUAGACGAUUCAGUUUAUGCCAACAUCUCAAGAGCAGGUUCCUCCACUUGA